UCCUUGAACUGUAAAGACUUCAAAAAAAGGAUACUCAUUUGACUAUCUUUUCGUCAGUCGGCUGGGAGAGACUUUUUCCUUCUCCUUUAUGUGUUCUGCAGACAACACCCAAAUUGUUUCCUUCGAUUUUCUUUAUAUCCAUUUUCAUCAUCUUCGAUCUUAUUGGAGCUAAUACCCUGCCUCAUCAAUAUCCCCUACACCAUCUUUUCUCUGGAUGGGCUUCUCGUUGCUCUCAUUGUCCUCGGCGGUCGUCUUGAUCUUUAUUUUUUCCGGCGCUCUCUUCCCCUUUUUUGUUUUCUCAGGUUCCCCCUCCACCCACUCAAUCCGUCCCCCCUUCAUCGCCUCCUACUUCCUCUUCAUCAACCGGUCUGGCACUUUCUUGGUCUCUGCGAAUGGCACUUUCAAAGCCUCUAUUUCCGGUACCAAAGCACAGACCUCACCGUCGCGGUAUUAUUUCUCCAUCACCCACGUCGCCUCCGAUGCCAUCGUCUGGUCCGCCAACCGCAACGCGUUCAUGUCGGACUCCGACAAGUUGUCUCUGUCUGUCGACGGUCUCAGAGUGGCAGACCAGGCUGGUAAACUACUAUGGUCGACCCCGCCUUUGAAUUCUGAGAUUGCUGCUAUGCAACUUUUGGAAACGGGGAACCUCUUACUGGUUGAUACGCGAAAUAUUACGCUAUGGGAGAGUUUCGAGAAUCCGACGGACAGUAUUGUCGUCGGACAGCGCCUGCGUGUUGGAAAAUCUUUGGAAAGCUCUCUUUCCGGGCAGAACCAAUCGGUGGGUGAUUAUCGGCUUCUGGUGACCGACCGGGAUUUGUUGCUGCAAUGGAAAAAGAUGACUUAUUUCAAGCUUUCGAUGCACGGAAAGGCUUUCAAGAACUCUUACGGGGAGGUUUCGUUCCUGACUAUAAAUGGUACCGGUCUGUAUUUGUUAGAAAGUGAUGGAUCCACGGCUGUGAUUCAGGUACCUUUGAGCGGUCCAUCGGGUUUCAGGAUUGGAAAGUUGGCAUCUGAAGGCAGAUUUGUCAUCAGCAGCUUCAUCGGCCACGAUUGGGUGACAGAAUUAUACGGUCCUGUCGAUGAUUGCCAUAUUCCUUUCUUUUGCGGGAAAAUUGGAUUGUGCACGAGAAAGCCUCUGAAUGGAACUUGCUCUUGUCCGCCGGAAUUCCGUUUGCAAGCAAAUGGUGAAUGCAUUCCAACCGAUACUUCUCUUUCUCUGCCUUCAGAUUGUAAGGAUGAUGCAAGCAGAAAUGGCAGUCAAUUCAACUCCUCAGUUUCGUAUCUUCAACUGGCCUACGGUAUGGACUACUUUGCUAAUGAUUUCAAUGGCCCUAUGGAACAGAGGGUGAAUCUGUCGGUUUGCCAAGAUCUAUGCUCUCAAAACUGUUCUUGUCUCGCUCUUUUCCAUGAAAAUGCUUCUGAAUCAUGUUAUCUUCUUGAAAAGCAUUUAGGAUCUAUCAUUUUGAACCCAAGGCCUGAGAAUGAUAACCGGGGCUAUAUUAAAGUUUUGGUACACUCUUCUCCUGAAAACCCAAUUGGGAACAAUAACAACAACCAGAAACAUAACUUCCCCAUAGCAGCUUUGGUACUGCUACCUCCGUCCGGAUUCUUCUUGUUAAUCACCAUUGUAACUGUCGCAAUCCUCUGGUUGAGCAAAAAUAGGCUUUACAAAACCAAAACUAUUGCAGAAUCCGGCCGGUGUAAUUCGUCAUCGUCUACAGAGCUAGGGAUGAUCGAUAUUCCGGGCUUGCCUAGAAGGUUUAAUUAUGAAGAGCUCGCAGAUGCUACUGAGAACUUCAAAACCCAGAUUGGCAGUGGUGGCUUUGGUGCUGUAUACAAAGGUACCCUUUCAGACAAAAGCGUUGUGGCGGUGAAGAAGAUUACCAAUCUGGGUGUCCAAGGGAAAAAGGAAUUCUGUACUGAGAUUGCAAUAAUUGGGAACAUCCACCAUGUCAAUCUGGUUAGAUUGAAAGGCUAUUGUGUACAUGGGAGGCAGCGGUUUCUUGUCCUGGAGUACAUGAACAGAGGUUCCUUGGACCGUCCACUCUUCGGUAAUGGUCCUGUUCUAGAAUGGCAAGAGAGGGUGGAAAUAGCACUUGGAACAGCACGAGGGCUUGCUUACUUGCAUAGCGGAUGUGAGAACAGGAUCAUCCAUUGUGAUGUCAAGCCAGAGAACAUUCUCCUGCACGAUAAUUUACACGUGAAAAUCUCAGAUUUUGGGCUUUCUAAGCUGCUCAAUCCUGAACAAUCCGGUCUAUUCACGACCAUGAGAGGAACACGAGGUUAUCUUGCACCCGAGUGGCUAACGAACUCCCCCAUUUCCGACAAGAGUGACGUUUACAGUUAUGGAAUGGUAUUGCUAGAGAUUGUGAGGGGAAGAAAGAAUAGCUCUUUCCAAACUUUGAGCCAUAGCAGAGAGAAUAGCAGCAGUGGAGGAAAUGGCCUAUCCUCGUCCUCAUCUGGGUCGGGAUCCAGACCAAUAUAUUUCCCUCUACUUGCUCUGGAAAUGCAUGAGAAGAGAAGGUAUGCAGAGCUCGCAGACCAGAGGUUGGAGGGAAGAGUGACAAGCGAAGAGGUUGAGAAGCUGGUUCGGAUUGCCCUGUGUUGUCUGCAUGAGGAGCCAGCACGGAGACCGGCCAUGUCUAACGUUGUUUCAAUGUUGGAAGGUGGAUCACCUUUAGUUGAGCCAAGGGUCGAGUCGCUGAACUUCUUGCGGUUCUAUGGCCGGAGAUUCACUGAGAUAUCAAGAUUGGAAGGGUCGAGCGAGCAGAAUCAGAAUGAAUUUGGGCUUAUAAAUCCUACUUCUAAUACCAGCGGCUCGUACAACUCGUUGUCUUACAUCUCUUCAGACCAGAUUUCAGGUCCUAGGUAGAGUGCUCCAAGCAGCUUCGCUCUAUCCUUAAAAAAAUAUUUUCAGUCUUUGUAGCCAUCAUCCUUUUAUCAUCUCCCAGUCCCAGGGUGUCACAGAAUGAUCGACAGAUGAUAAGCAAAACAGUUCCUAAGCGGUCGAACGGAUUUUUAAAGAAUAAUAGACCUCCACUCAGCAGCUGCAACCUCAGCUAGCACACUAAACUCACGCUACACUCAUGCACACGGGAUAAUAACUAACGGCAAAUUGAACUCCUCUAUUCGAACCCGUGCUUCUUCAGACGACUUCGACCCUUAGCCAAUCCCGAACGAUCUCCACCACCAGUUCACCACCACACAUCCGUCGAGAAUCCGUCCGUCGUCCUCCCGUCGUCCGCCUUGGCCGAUUUGGUCCAGGCCGAAUUCUGGCCAAAGGACUUUACCCGACGUGUGAGUCGCCCAAGCAAGCGCCGUUCUCAUCUUCGACUGGUUUGUUGCCCACCACAAAUCCGGACCAAUCCGUUCAUGGCUGACUCUAGCGGGCUUGGUGUUUCUGAGGAACCACUUUAUAAUCUUGAUAGUGAUGAACUUGAGGCUGAAAGUGUAGACAUUCAAUGUGAUGUGAAUGUUGAAGAUGGGGUCAAUGUCGAAGAUGGGGUGAAUGUGAUGCCCUCUUCGAGUAGUUGUCCUUUGGAGCCAUAUGUCGGUAUGUUAUUUGACGAUGUGGAAGACGCCCAAGCAUAUUAUAAAGCAUAUGCAAGGCGUAAAGGAUUUGCUAUUCGGACGAAUCAUACUCAAUUGUCGAAAGAUGAUAAGAAACUACUUGCAGUAGACUAUGUAUGUACAAGGGAAGGAUUUCGGCGGAUAAAUCGGAAAGAAAAAGAACGAAUAAUGCCUGAACCUGACGAGAAAAAGAUUGGAUGUAAAGCUUUGAUGGGUAUAAAAAAAGAUGGUGAACACUGGAUAGUCAACAAGUUUGUGGUUGGACAUAACCAUAUUUUACUCACACCAAGAAGUACUAGUUUCCUACGUGGACAUAGGGGAGUUACUAAAGUCCAAACAAAACUUAUAAUGACUUUGAAUGAGUCCGGGGUACCGACAAGGAAGAUUAUGUCGGUGUUGAGUAAAGAAUCAGGUGGUGACUUCAAUGUUGGCUGUAUUGGCAAGGAUGUAGAAAAUUUCUUGGGCACCAAAAGGAGAAAAGUUUUUGAAGAGGGUGAUGCACAACGACUAUAUUCCUACUUUCGUGAUCGCCAAUUUAAAGAACCUGGAUUUGUGUAUUCCAUGCAAGUUGAUAAAAAUGGGUGUAUGGGAAGUUGCUUUUGGGCUGAUGCUAGAUCAAGAUCGGCAUACCAGUAUUUUGGAGACGUUGUCACAUUUGAUGUCACAUACCUGACCAACAUUUAUAAAAUACCAUUUGUGCCGUUUUCAGGAGUCAAACAUCAUCAUCAGACAAUCAUGUUUGGUUGUGCUUUGUUAGUUAAUGAGACAGCGGAGUCAUAUACAUGGUUAUUGAGAACCUGGCAAGAGACAAUGCUUGGGCGUGCCCCUUCAACGAUAAUUACCGAUGAUGAUAAGGCGAUGGCGAAAGCUAUUGCAGAGGUACUACCGAAUACAACUCAUAGGUUGUGCUUGUGGCACAUUCUUCAAAAGUUUCCUGAACACUUGGCCCAUGUAUAUAAUAAGUUUCCUGACUUUUAA